UACUCUUUACUAUUACUUAAAAGUCUGGGAUGGGAGGACCCAGACAGAGAUAAACUGAUACGCAAGGUAGUGACAUCAAUUUUUAACAACGGUAUACAGACAUGUAGUAAAGAUAAACCAAGAAAAACUUCACUCAUGUACAAAUGUCACAACAAAAAAUACUUAGGGGCUGCUCAAGGUUUAUCGGGUGUCAUACAUUGCCUUCUUCUAGCUAAAAGUUAUCUUAAAAAAAGUGAAUUGGACAAUCUUAUUAAACCAGCCCUCGACUACUUAUUGACACUGAGGUAUAAAUCUGGGAAUCUACCAUCUUCUCUGUGUAAUGAUCCUGAUCAUUUAGUUCAGUGGUGUCAUGGUGCAUCAGGUGUCUCACACACUUAUGCACUAGCUUACAAAAUUUUUCUAGAUGAGAAGUACCUUAAUGCAGCAGUACAAUAUGCUGAUAUUGUAUGGAAACGUGGUUUAUUAACUAAAGGAUAUGGACUGUGUCAUGGUGUUAGUGGAAAUUCUUAUACUUUUAUGUCAUUGUUCCAAUUAACUGGWGAAACUAAAUAUUUAUACCGAGCUGCAAGGUUUAUUGAUUGGUGCUUAACAACCAAUCGUCAAAAUAGAAUACCUGACAACCCAUAUUCAAUGUUUGAAGGUAUAUCUGGCGUUACAUAUGCUCUUAUGGACAUUCAAAAUCCCAAAACAGCCCAUAUACCAGGAUUCUAACUUUUCAACUAAAAAGCAGAUUACUCAUCUUUUUAUUAAAAGAUUUUCUAGUCAAUACAAGCAACCUAAACAAAUGGAGCUUAAUAAUAAUUUUAUUUAUACAAGUUUUAAUAUUACCUAUAUACAAUUUAUUAUAUAAAUACUAAAAGGUAUUUAACUCAACCACAUAUUUAAAAGUUAAAGUUUUCCUAUUUUUACCUUUUUAUUCUUCUGUGUAUGUAUGUAGUGUUUUUACUCAUGCUAAUAUUAUUUUUAUGUAUUAUUGUUAAAUUAUUCAAGAAUACUUGAAUUAAUAAUAUUAAUGUUUCAUUAAUAAACAAAACAUUGUUGUCAAGUCUAAUCACAUUCUAUAGAUAAAUAGUACAAUUAAAUGUACCAACAAUUUCUAACUCAUUAACUUACUUUAGUUCAUAUAUUCAAAUUAAAUUAUAAAGUUAGUUCAAAAGUUUAUUUCCCAAACUACCUAUCUGAAAUUAAAUUAGUUAAAAUUUAGAAAACUAAUGUCUCCAAUUUGCGUUACUAUUAGGUAUAUGAUGUGCAUUGUAUACAAGCUAUAUAUUAAUGUAUAAUUAUAAAGAUUAUUGAGACUUGAAUAUGUAUAAUGGUUAGUAAGGUUUAGGAUGUUUAUGCACUAAAAAAUAAAUAAAUAAGUAUGCCCUUAUAAACUAAAAAAGUGCUAAAUAAGCAUGAACAAUUUGAA